GUCCAAGGGGCUACUGGAGGAAAGACAUAUAGGUGGACCACAGAAAGAAAAGUGGACCUCAGUACAGGACAGGUCUCCCACUCGUUUUUACUGGUCCCAGACUGUCCAUAUCCCCUUCUUGGGAGAGAUUUACUCUCCAAGCUGGGAGCACACAUCCACUUCACCAGAAAGGGAGCCACUGCACAAGGAAAAGAUGGGGCUCCACUACAGGUAUUAACCCUGCGACUAGAAGAUGAACAUCGGUUAUAUGAGGAACCGAUAGCAGAAACUCCUGGUAUAUCUGAUUGGCUAAGUAAAAUCCCUUUAGCAUGGGCCGAGACAGGAGGCCCAGGACUGGCAUGCAAUCAGCCUCCAAUAGUGGUCACACUAAAACCAUCUGCAACUCCGGUCUCAAUCAAACAAUAUCCUAUGAGCAGAGAGGCCCGAGAAGGAAUCAGACCUCAUAUUCAGAGACUUUUACAAGUAGGCAUACUUCGCCCCUGCCAGUCCCCUUGGAACACCCCACUGCUCCCCAUAAAGAAGCCAGGAACAAAUGACUACCGACCAGUCCAAGACUUAAGAGAAGUCAAUCAGAGGAUAGAGGAUAUACAUCCUACUGUCCCAAAUCCUUACAACCUCCUGAGUACUUUGCCUCCCAGUCACAGGUGGUAUACUGUUCUUGACCUGAAGGAUGCAUUUUUCUGCCUAAGAUUGAGCCCGGCUAGCCAGCCCAUUUUUGCUUUUGAAUGGAAGGACCCUGAAGCUGGAAUAUCGGGGCAAUUAACCUGGACACGACUUCCCCAAGGGUUCAAGAAUUCCCCUACUCUGUUUGAUGAAGCGCUACACCGUGAUCUGGCUGACUUUUGGGUAAGAAACCCACAUAUUAUGCUUCUUCAAUAUGUAGAUGACCUCCUCUUAGCUGCUGAGAUGGAAGCUGGCUGUCUGCAAGGUACGGAGGCUCUCCUACUGAGACUGGGGGAACUUGGAUACUGAGCCUCAGCAAAGAAAGCCCAGAUCUGCCUACAGCAGGUGAACUAUUUGGGCUAUAGGCUGGAGGGAGGGCAACGUUGGCUGACAAAAAGCAGGAAACAGACUGUAGCCUCUAUCCCCCCACCAACCUCAGCCAGAGGACUCAGAGAGUUCUUGGGAAGUGCAGGAUUCUGUAGAUUAUGGAUACCGAGUUUCGCUGAAAUAGCAGCUCCUCUAUAUCCCUUGACAAAGAAUGGGACUCCUUUUGUCUGGAUUGAAGAACACCAGAGAGCCUUUGACAAAAUAAACUUGACAAAACCUUUCAUCUUAUAUGUAGAUGAAAAUAAAGGAAUGGCAAAAGGAGUCCUUACUCAGACUCUGGGACCCUGGAAAAGGCCAGUGGCUUAUCUCUCAAAAAAACUGGACAAUGUGGCCGCUGGCUGGCCCCCAUGUUUGAGAAUCAUGGCGGCAAUAGCAUCCCUAGUUAAAGACUCAGACAAACUCACUAUGGGUCAGCCCCUAACUGUCAUAACCCCUCAUGCAGUGGAGUCCAUCAUUAGACAGCCUCCUGAAAGAUGGUUGUCAAAUGCCAGGGUGACCCAUUAUCAGGCACUACUAUUAAAUCCAGAAAAGAUCAAGUUUGGUAGCCCUGCCACCCUGAACCCCGCCACGCUGCUACCAGCCACCGAGCAAGGCACUGAGAUUCCCCAUGACUGCCAGCAAAUACUUGCGGAGACACAUGGGACCAGGGAAGACCUCGCUGACCAACCCCUAACAGAUGCAGAUGCUACUUGGUAUACGGAUGGGAGCAGCUUUCUACGAGACGGUGAGUGUAAGGCAGGGACGGUGGUGGUCGAUGGGAAAAGAAUAAUCUGGGCCCAAGCCCUGCCGGCUGGAACAUCAGCCCAGCGAGCUGAAUUGGAAGCCCUAACCCAGGCCCUAAAAUUAGCAAAGGGCAAAAAGGUCAACAUUUACACCGACAGCCGCUAUGUGUUUGCCACUGCCCAUAUACAUGGGGAAAUUUACCGGAGGCGGGGACUUCUCACCUCGGCUGGUAAGGACAUUAAAAACAAAGAAGUGAUAGUGGCCCUUUUACAAGCCUUGUACUUGCCUAAAAAGGUCAGCAUAAUCCAUUGCCCUGGACAUCAGUGAGACCAGGGGCCGAUUGCUCAAGGCAAUCGGAUGGCAGAUGAAACUGCUCGUCAGGCAGCAGAAGGUACCUGCAUUUUCUACACCCAUUUGGACCUAGAAGCUGAAAUUGAAGCACAAACAAAGGGGAAAUAUCAGGACCAAAUCAUACUGCCCCAAAAGGCGGCCCUUGAGUUAAUCUCCCAACUCCACCAGUGGACACACUUAGGACACAAGAAACUAAAGACAUUACUAAAAAGAGAAGAACAAAUCUAUUAUUUCCCAGACCUUAAUCAACUAGUUCAGAAAGUAGUGGGAGAUUGUGUCUCAUGUUUUCUGGUAAAUGCAACCAGGUCAAAGGUCCCAUCUGGAAAAAGAGAAAGAGGGACACGACCAGGGACUAACUGGGAAGUAGAUUUUACUGAGGUACUCCCAGGAAAAUAUGGUUAUAAAUAUCUUUUAGUGUUUAUAGACACUUUUUCAGGGUGGGUUGAAGCUUUCCCCACCAGGAAGGAAACAGCCCAGACUGUGGUGAAGAAGCUGAUUGAAGAAAUCUUCCCUCGUUUAGGACUGCAGGUAAUUGGAUCUGAUAAUGGCCCAGCCUUUGUCUCCCAGGUAAGUCAGGGAGUGGCCAAAGCAUUGGGGAUUAAUUGGAAAUUACAUUGUGCUUACAGACCCCAAAGUUCAGGACAGGUAGAAAGAAUGAACAGAACCAUUAAAGAGACCUUAACCAAAUUAGCUCUAGAGACUGGCACUAAAGACUGGGUACAACUCCUACCUCUAGCCUUAUUUCGGGCUAGAAACACUCCUGCUACACACGGCUUAACCCCCUAUGAAAUCCUUUUUGGAGGACCGCCUCCUGUACUCGAUGUAACCUUGUCCCCCUUGCCCUCUUCUUUUGAUAACCCCAGCUUAAAAACAAGGCUCCAAGCCCUCCAGAUCAUCUAGAACCAGGUUUGGAGGCCCUUGGCUGCAGUCUACCGGCCUGGUGGUCCACAAACGCCUCAUUCCUAUCAAAUUGGAGAUCAGGUGUAUGUGAGAAGACACAACAUAAAGACCCUUGAACCAUGGUGGAAAGGACCCUACACAGUUCUCCUGACUAUGCCUACGGCCCUCAAAGUAGACGGAAUUUCAGCUUGGAUUCACAUUUCCCACAUCAAGAGAGCUCCGGCCCAGGAGGACACUGGAAAAUGGCUUGUCCCCAGUUAUGAAAAUCCCCAUCUCCCUGUGCUGACCACCUGGCGGGUAAUCAAUCAAAUGGGUAUUGUAGUGUUUGAAACCCAUAAGAUGACACCCAAGGGUACUUGGUGGCCUAUACUGUAUCCAGAUUUGUGUAAAUUAGCCUUAGGAGCACCAGAGCCCUGGGACUUAGAAGGAAACUGGAAUACUGAGGUGGUACCUGACAAGGAAAGUCCCCCGGGGAGAUUGGGACUUGACCCAUGGGGGGGAAUGUGGCCCCCAUGA